UCACCAACUGAUUCCACUUUCAAAAAUCUCUUCCGCAUACCUUGCUCUUUUUUCUUAACCGCUCCACCUCCCUGCUCUCCCUCUCUCUCAUAUUUUUUCAUAAUUCACACAAUUCACUAUUCAUAUCCCCCUUUUCUCGUUUAGCUCUUGUUUUUCCAAAUUCCCAAAGGCAUUUCUUUUUGUCACUCUCAUCAAUGGGGAGAAUGGGACAAGAAGAACCAGAUUUGAAAACCCAGUUAGUUCUGGACAUCUGCUCCAUCUCUACUCGCUCCGUGGUAUGCGUUCAUAGGCUUCUCUCAAACCCAGCUAAGCCAACUUCUUUCAUCGAUUGGUAUCACAUCCUUGGAGUGGAAGAAAAUGCAGGGCCGAAUAGCAUUCGCAAGCGAUACCAUAAGCUGGCUUUGCAGCUUCACCCAGAUAAGAAUAAUCAUCCCAAGGCUGAAAUUGCCUUCAAGCUUGUCUCUGAGGCAUAUACAUGUUUGUCUGAUGCUGCGAAGAGAAAAGCCUUUGAGCUAGAGAGAUGGAAAAACUUCUGCUUUGAGUGCAAAAGGAUCCCAUACUCAUCAUCUGGCAGUGUCCCUCGCAAUUCCCAUGGUGGUUCAAGUUCCAAGGUAUGGAAUAUUAUCAGCAGGUCAAGAUCCUACAAGUUCUGGAGAAAUAUAAAGGAAAUUAGAGAAAGAUUCAAGGAGGAGGCUAAGGUGAUAGAGAACUGUUUGAGGGCAAAUUCAAUGCCCAGGAAAGAAUCUCCACUUUUCAAUCCAGUAGAUUAUUUAGAAAGAAGCAGGUCUCAUCGCAGAACAGAGGGAGAAACCCCCGUGUUCAACCCAUCAGACUACUUGUACCAAGGCUAUCCUCAUCUGAGAAGCCAAAUUUUCAAGAAUUCCGAUAAGUUUUGGUACUUGCAGACGGAAAAUAGUAUUCUGCAUGAGAGGGGAGCAUCCAAGUAUGACUCUCCAGUUUUUGAGGUCAGACCAGAAAGGAGAAUGUUUACCAGCAAAUUUGCUUAUGUCCCGUCAUGAAGCCAGGGCAAAAACAUUUUUACAUUUGCUAUGCAAUUUUAAACAUUUAAUUAAUGCAAUGUGCUCGCGAUUGCAGUA